ACUUAGGGCCUGUCUGUCCUAGGGGUAGCCCGAGCCUGCUACAAGCAGUUAGGGUAGCUGUAGGAAUUCGGGUUGGUACCGGGCCUGUAUUUUCCCGGAUUUGCAGAUCUGUCCCUCACGAAUUUCCUUACAGGCAGGUCUCUCGGUUAGCCCUCAGCCAAACAAAAAUUACAAAUCUAACCGUAGAGGAAGGUGGAUUUCCGAAGGAGAACUGGAUCAAACCUAGCAUCGGGUCUGUUCCAGGAUCGGACCAAGGUUGACUUCUGUCCAGUCGAGACAGUGCCAAAUCGAUCAGACAGGGCUAAAGUCUUCACUGUUAAGGGGUCAAGAAGCGUUGUCGAUUUGUCCUUGCAGGACUUGGAAGUGUUUCUGCAUUGAACUUAAGUCUGACUCACUUCAGGAUUGGAUGAAGCUGAAGUCUUGGUUUAGUUGAGGGAGUGCUGGAUUGGACAGGAGCUGCUGAGGUCUCUUCUGCACGCGGAGUGGGAUCGAGAAGCAUCGUCAAAACUUGCCCUGCAGGUCGUUCAACUUGACUGUUCUUGCAUCGCAGUUAAGUCUCAUCCACUCCCAGUAUUGAGCAAAGCUGAAAAAUGGUCCGGCUGAGGGAGUGCGAGAUCGGAAGGAUGUUGAGCUGUUCUUUGUGCUGACCUUAAGUCUGACCCAUUCCGACACUGCACACAAGCGUAAAGACUAACUGUCGGCCAAGCCACCCUACAGUAGGCCGUGCUUGUACGCAAGGAGUUGAAGAGAGUUUUGGGACUGUCUGCUAAGUCUGCAGGCCCAACCUUAGGACGGUUUGGAAGUCCAGGUUAGGCAAAACUGAGGGUUGGCAAAAUAGGUUUGGGGACAUAUUAGGUAGGUGGUUUAAAGGGUCUAGUCCGUCUGAGACUGCUGGAUUGGAUAAGACGGGAGUGUCUGCUGCGUCAAUUUGUCUGAAGGGAAGUUAGUUGAUUGAUUGGCUAUCAUUUCUUGUGCCCCUCUGGAAGGACGGCCAGGAGGUGGCACCUGACAAGCUGAAAGGGUGUGUGUCUGCACCACACGUCCAGGCAAAGAAGUCUGUCUGCCUGCCUUUAGAGAAGCGAGGGUCUGUUUGUAUAUUAAGGAAGUGGAAUCGAAGCUGCUCACCUGUUUAUCAGCUGUUGUAGGUGUGUACCAUUUGGUCACCUGGUGGGGUCAGGUCCUGUCAACUGGUGGAAGUAUUCAGUCACACGGCAGUGUGAGGCUAUAUUUCGCUGACGAGCCUUGCGAUGUGGUGGAUCAGGACUGCAGAAACUCUGGAUAUUCUAGCUUAGAUAAGAUGGCACGGUUAGCAGGCCUACCGAAAGGGCCGCUUGCUGAUAGAAAAGGAGACGCGAUUGUACGAGAAGAAGACCGGAACGACAAUGAGGAUGAUGGAGGAGAUGGAGGAGGAGGAGGGGGAGAAGGGCUGGUCUCAUUGAAUGAUGACCUGAUUGCUUACAUUUUCUCUUUUCUUACAGCUAAGGAUCUGUCUGCAGCUGCCCGAGUGAACCGGCGGCUUCGAGCGUUGUGCAACGAUGACAGGAAGGUAUGGAGAGCGCUUUGCGAGAGGAGGUGGGGGCAGUCCACGUGUCUUGGCAAGUGGGGAGGCGGCCUGGUCACAUUCCGUGCCAUCUAUUCCGCACUCCAUAAGUUGGAAGGCCUGGUCGGAAUGUGGCGAAGUGUGGGCAAUUGCCAGUUCAGUUCAAUUGUGGACUUCGAGUGGAGGACUGAUGGUAUAGAGGGGGUAAGGGUUGUCCCUUAUCCAGGUCCCGAUUCAUACCAGAUAGUUAGGGUUCCUUUUAUCAAGGCCACUCUGACAACGGAGGGGGAGGUGAUGAUUCAGGUGAACCUGCAGUGGAGUGCAAGCCUAGGGAGAGGCACUGCUGCAUCCUCUCCUGAGUCACCUAGUCGCGUGCGACAUCCGAUUCAGGAGCUGCAAGGGAGCAGUGCUCUCGUGGAAAUGAGAGCUGGUGCGGGCGGCGAUGCCUCUUCCCCUCCACGUUCGAAUAGAUUGUCUGUGGGAGAGGAUGGGCCUUCCUCACCCUCAGAGGAGAUCCUAGAGAAUAGCCCUCUUGGAUGGGGCGUGGAUGAUGUCGCGGAUGCCAAUGGCGUAGGGUGGUCUUCUGCUGUCGCACAGCUGGCAACCUUAGACUUUGUGAGCGAUUGCCACUUUAUCCUAGAGGAGAAGCUGACUCCCAGCCCCGUGCCAACUCAGAAGCCGUGCAGCGUCUUUGCAGAAGCUGCCGUCUUAGCUUCUGUUUGCGUGCGUGGCAGCCCUGAUGCUCAUUACGACAGUCAAAGCAGCAGUCCCCCAGGGAGCUUUGGAUAUGCCAUGUGUCAGUAUAUGUCCAACAAAGUUACAAGCCCUGGAGGGGGCAAGUGUGGGAGAAGGCAACGGCGACAGAGACGGCGUUUGUCCGGGUUACCAGGCUUUGCAGAACACUUUGUCAAAGUUACAAACACCCAUCCUACGACUGAGAAACCUCUUCAGGGUCUCUGGAGGAGUGCAUCCGGUCCCACUGGGGGACAAAACUUACUGUUGCUCUCCUACGACGACGAGGAACGCCAGAUAGUCUGUCGAAAGCUUGCUGGUCUCGAUGGCGUGAGCAAGAAUGGGACCGUUCAGUGGCGUGCCAAGAUCUGCUCCUGUAUGGCCAGCCCUUUGUCACCCAAAGAACAGCUCCUUCAUGAUCGUCGGCUGGUCGUUCCUGCUCCAAGUGUUUCGAUUUCCUCGUUCUAUUAUUCGUGGUCUUCUGCAUUACCACCUUCGGAACGGACGGUGCCAAACAGCCAUCCUGAACAAGUCGUACCAUCAUGCUGCGAAAACAUGCCUGCUAAGGACAUCAAUGGCGGUACAAGGAGACAGCUGUCAGCUUCCAGCAGCAACAGCAUUCGGGAACUGGUUGUGGAGGAGUCUGUGGUGGUUGCCGUGUUCCACACCGUCCAGGACGACAAUCUUGGCACGAGCCGGGAGGUUGAAGGCCGGCUAUGGCAGUAUGCUGGUGGGCAUUUGGCGUAUUCGUUGAUGGAGGAUGAGUACAUGGUCGAAUAUCGGCGUGUCAUUCCUGCGUCAUUCAUGUCACUUCGUGGCAGCAGGCGGAUUGGUUCUGCUGUUCUGCGCAGCCGCUGCUGAUGCGUGAAGAAUUUUAUCAGGGCCACUGCUUGAUGGGAUAGUCGCUUCUUUCUGGGAUUACGUGGAAGUCACGAUUGUUCUCUUCUCUCACAUCCAAAGAUGGUGGGGAUGGCACCAGAAACAACGCUAAUGGAGGAUGAGUACAUGGUUGAAAUACUGGCGGUGUCAUUCCUGCGUCACUCAUGUCACUUUGUGGCAGCAGGCGGAUUUGUUGUUCUGCUCUGCACAGCCGCUGCCGAUGGGUGAAGAAUGUUAUCGGAGCCAGUGCUUUAUGGGACCAAGUGGAAGUCACGAUUGUUCUCUUCCAGCAAAGGGUUGCGAAUAUGGCAGACACAUUCCCUUGCAGAAGAAGAUUGCGAAUUGGGCAGACAUUCUCUCGCCGCAGAAGAUUGGGAAUUGCGCAGACAUUCCGCGCAUUUCGAGUCGCUGUCAUGCCGUUUGGACUGACCAAUGCCCUGACCACUUUCCAAUUGCAAAUGGCUACGGAGUUUACCCUGUCGGAGUGGUUCCUGUCGGAGCGGUUCAUGCACGUUGACCUCAUCGAGAUCCUGGGUCAUAGCCGGACCUUGGACUUCAUUCCUAAAAAUCAAUGGUUGUUUCCCAUCCCCUGGUCAUGGGCAUGUUGACAGCUCUUGUCUCAUACCGAAAGAACAACUUUUUUUUCUUUUUUUUAGGGAAAAAGCAAGGAAUUCCAGAAAGAACAACUUGAUCGCAGUAAAGCACUGAUUUAAUUUCUUCCUCCUCUUGUGAUCUCUAUUAACUGUCCCAUGCUGGGGAUGGUGUCAUAAUCAACGCACGCUCGUAUCUAUAUUUCCUCUAGCCUAUCCCCUUCCCUACAGCUCCAGCUCUCCAGUGACGAGGAUGCAUUGAUGCUGGACCGUCUGUCCCAGCGUCGUGCCAAUCGGUUGAAUGGGCUGUACAUAUAUGUAGGUCGAUUCAUUGUACCUCAACAGUCCGAAACUGCAACCGCAGUUGGACCGGUGCUCAAUGUCAGCAGCGUUCCUUGAUGUUAGAUGCCUGGGCAGUAGAUGCGUAUGAAUGUUGAUAAUAUAACUUUUGAACGAUUGGCACCGUUCAACAGUGCGAAACUGCGACAUCCCCAUGAAAGUUUAUGAUAGCUUGAGCGAUUGGCACCGUUCAACAGUGCGAAACCGCAACCACAGUUGCACCGGUGCUCAAUCUCAGCAGUGUUCCUUGAUGUUAGAUGCCUGGGCAGUACGGGCCCAUGAAUGCUGAUGAUAGGUUGAGCGAUUGUCACCGUGCCACUGAACCGCCAGUACAUUUCGCCAUGGGUGGCGAGAAGCCCGCAUCUUUUGCGAGUUUGGAUCGUCAGGAUGGGGGAAGGGCACCCUUCCCCCAUCGCCCUUCCUCUCCUCCCCCCCCCCCCCCCCCCCCCCCCGCCCUCCGAUUCGCAGUGGCACUAGAAAAGGGGGAGACUCGAAUUGAUGUGUGAAUGUUGGAGUACCCCAAAAUGUGGGUGUAAAGUUCACAUCUGUCGACAGCUGUCAGACUUUGAACUCAGUUACGUUGCGUUUGUUUCUCUCUCCAGUGUGCUGGAACGUACUGCCAGGUGCCUUCUCUCUGCGGGGGCUGCACGUUCUGUCUGUUGCAUCCUUGUGUGCCUUUUUCUGGCAGUGGAUAACAGCAGGAACAUAAAUGGAAUGGCAGCGUCUACUCGCAAAGUCAUCGUUUAAGGAUGUUCUCUCUGCUGUAUGCUGGAACAUAUAGCUGGGGUACCAUCUCUGUGCUGGGGUUGCAGGUUCUGUCUGCUGGGUCCCUGUGUACCUUUUUUUUGGCAGUGGAUAACGGCAGCAGAGCAGAGGCAGAGCAGAGGCAAGAAGCAUAAAUGGCAGCGUUGGCGUGCAGGCAUCGUUUAAGGAUGAUGUUAAACGAAUCGCCCUUUCUCAUCAGCCAGCCGCAUAAAUAACGACGACUUGCUUUGCAAUCGAGAUU